AGGGGAGCUGAAGUCCAAAACCCCUGGAGGGAGGGCCCAGGUUUGCCCAUGCCUGGUGUAGGGGCCUCUGUAACUUUCGAUCGGGCUUUCCUGAAGUUGCUGGAAUUUGUACGAGGAAACCAGAACAUUACCCACAGGAGUGGCGUUUGUACAUAUAAACCAGGAGUCCUUCUACCGUAGAAAUUUGCUACACCAUAUGAACCUGGCACUCACCCUAGUUUCAAGAUCAGAAAUCUGCCUUGAAGACAAUGAUGAUAUUCUUGCUAUGCAUUUUCAACAUUGUAUCUGUAUUUGGCUCUGAUCAGCACAGUGGAAAACCAUAUUCAAUUACUGGAAAUGGAAGCAGUCCAUUUCCUUGGAACAAAAUGAGGCUUCCCGAGCAUGUCCUUCCAGUUCAUUAUGAUCUUCUUAUUCAUCCAAAUCUCACCACUCUGACGUUUACUGGAUUGGCCAAAAUAGAGAUUAAUAUUACCCAAGAAACCAGUUCAAUCAUCUUGCACAGCAAAUACCUCCAGAUCACCAAAGCUGUCAUCGAAGAAGCCAAAGAAAAUAUCCGUACUGAUAAACCAGUGACAGUUUUAGAAUAUCCACCAUUUGAGCAGAUUGCACUGAUUGUAACUAAACCAUUGCAUCUUGGCAACUACAUUGUUAGUAUUGAGUAUUCUGCAAAUUUGUCUGACAGUUUUCAUGGUUUCUACAAAAGCACAUACAGAACUCCUGAAGGGGAAGUAAGGGUGCUUGCAUCAACCCAGUUUGAACCAACAGCUGCUCGUAAAGCUUUCCCUUGCUUUGAUGAACCUGCAUUCAAAGCAAAAUUUUCUGUUAAGAUCCGAAGAGAACCCAGACAUUUUGCACUCUCUAAUAUGCCUUUAGUGAAAUCUGUUAACCUUAAGGAAUGGCUCAUCGAAGACCACUUUCAGACCAGCAUAAAGAUGAGCACUUAUCUUGUGGCCUUUAUUGUGUCAGAUUUUAAAUCUGUUUCCAAGAUUACCACUCGAGGAGUUAAGGUUUCAGUAUAUACUGUACCACACAAGAUCAACCAAGCAGAUUAUGCCUUGGAUGCAGCAGUGAAGCUCUUAGAGUUCUUUGAGGAAUAUUUUAGCAUUCCAUAUCCUUUACCUAAACAAGACCUAGCAGCUAUUCCUGAUUUUCAGUCUGGUGCAAUGGAGAAUUGGGGAUUGACUACAUACAGGGAAACUGCUUUGUUAUAUGAUCCUGAAAAAUCCAUAGCAUCAAGUAAACUUGGAAUUACUUUGACUAUAGCCCAUGAGCUUGCUCACCAAUGGUUUGGAAAUCUGGUCACCAUGGAAUGGUGGAAUGAUCUUUGGCUCAAUGAAGGAUUUGCAAAGUUUAUGGAAUUUUUAUCAGUCAGGGUAACCCACCCAGAACUGAAAGUUGAAGAUUAUUUUUUAAACAAAUAUUUUGAAGCCAUGGAAGUAGAUGCUCUAAAUUCUUCACAUCCAAUAUCUACUCCUGUUGAAGAGCCAUCUCAGAUUCUAGAAAUGUUUGAUGAUGUUUCCUAUGAUAAGGGAGCUUGUAUUCUGAACAUGUUACAGGAUUACCUCAGUCCAGAGGUGUUUAAGGCUGGACUUGUGAAAUACUUGUCGAAAUUCAGCUAUCAAAAUACACAAAACAAAGAUCUGUGGAACAGUUUGUCAGAUGGCUGCUCUAUGGAUGCUGCUGCUGCUGGAGUUUGUGCAAGCAACAAGGAAACAAUCUCAAGCUCUCACUGGACAAAAAGUGCUAUCAAUGAUGUAACAGCAAUAAUGAACACUUGGACUCUACAAAAAGGAUAUCCAUUAGUCACUGUGACAGUAAAAGGAAGGAACGUCCAUCUGCAACAGGAACACUAUAUGAAGAGCUCUAAUUUUGCUUCACCCAAAGGGAAUCUGUGGCAUAUUCCAUUAACAUAUAUUACCAGUAAAUCAAAUGUUAUUCAAAGGUUUUUGCUGACAACAAGAACAGAUUAUAUCAUACUCCCAGAAGAAGUGGAAUGGAUAAAAUUUAAUGUAGGAAUGAAUGGUUAUUAUAUUGUGCACUAUGGUGAAGAUGGAUGGGAUGCUCUGAUUCGUCUUCUAAAAGAAAACCAUAAAAUACUCAGCAGUAAUGAUAGGGCCAGCCUUAUCAACAGCGCAUUCCAAUUGGUGAGUGCUGGAAAGCUGUCCAUUACCAAAGCUCUUGAUUUAACAUUAUACCUAAAACAUGAAUCAGAAAAUAUCCCUGUGCAUCAAGGAUUGGAUGAACUUAUUCCUUUGUACAAACUGCUGGAGAAGAGGGAUAUGAAUGAGACUGAACAUCAGUUAAAGGGAUACAUUGUCAAUCUGUUUAAAAACAUGAUUGACAAACAGUCUUGGGAUGAUGAAGGCACAAUGUCAGAGCGAAUACUUCGAAGCUCCCUUCUUAUGUUUGCCUGUGUGCGCAGGUACCAACCAUGUGUGGACAAAGCAAAAGAAUACUUUAUGAAAUGGAAGCAUUCCAAUGGAACACUAAAGUUGCCCAAUGAUAUUAAGUUUGCUGUAUAUGCUGUUGGAGCACAGACAGAUGUGGGCUGGGACUUCCUUUUCAGCAAAUGCCAACUACCUGAGUUCAAUACCGAAAAGCAAUUGAUUGAAACUGUCCUCAGCCUCAGCCAAAAUAAAGAAAGGCUUCAGUGGUUGAUGCAACAAGGGCUGCAGGGUGAUAUUAUAAAGACUCAAGAUCUUCCUUAUAUUGUUGUAAGUGUUGGAAGGAAUCCUGUAGGUUAUCAAUUAGCCUGGAAGUUUUUGAAGGACAAUUGGCAGGCACUUGUAAAAAAGUUUGACCUUGGUUCACAUUCCAUUGCACACAUGAUUACUGGAGUAACAAAUAAAUAUUCAACAAAGGCUCAACUUGCUGAUGUUAAAGAAUACUUCAGCUCUUUGGACAAAAAAAGUUCUGAGCUCCGUGCUGUCCAACAAACAAUAGAAACCAUUGAAGAAAACAUCAAUUGGAUGGAUAAGAACCUUGAAAAAAUCAUCAAGUGGUUACAGAUCAAUAGCAGUGGGUUAAAGUCUGCUUGACUUGUUUUCAGGAUUGAUAAAUAUUUUGCACUGGAAGACUGCUCCUUUGCCUUAGAGGAAUAAAACAACAAGAUUACUAGCUGGAAUUUUCAACUGAUGUAAUAAACACUGGAUAAAUAAUUUUUAAAAAGAAUUACUAAAAGCGUAACAUGUGCGCAUUUGUCAAGAAUAAGGGAGUGAGAAGUGCAGCUUUUGACAGUGCCCAGUUAUGUUACAUAGAAAACCUAAAGUUAGCUACAGUUCUAAUAGUUUAUUUUUAAUUGACUCAUUUGUUGUGACAUCCAGAGCAGUGAUGCUGGAUAGGUGUGUGUGUGUUUAAACUUAAAUUCCAUCUGCUCAUGUUGUUAGCCAUACUUAGCUAGAAGGGACAACAGCAUGCGUCUUUUACCCCCCACCAAAAAGUACUAAGAGAAAGGAACAGUUUGGAAGGGAAGUAUUCCCUCUAUGACAUCAAAUACUGGAUGUCAAAUCCAAUUUGAACUGGUACACUCGCCUAAGGUUACAAACACUUGAAAGUCAAAUGAUCUGCAAAUACCAGCCAUCCGAGAUAAAAUGUCCUUACAUCAUUCAAUAUCAUCUCAGAAACAAAAUCUGCAUAUGAGUAAAAUGGCCUUAAACCUGAGUGGUUAACAAUUUUCUCAUCUAAAUCAAGGGUAGAUACCUGUGGUUCCGGAUAUUGUUCACCGAUAACUACUAUCACUUCUGAAUAUUUGCCAAGGCUGCCUCGAGCUGGAAGCCAAGAACAACUAAACAGUACUUGGUUCCACAUCCCUGCUUGUUCCAGUUGACCACAACUGUGACGGGUCAACUGGAGCAGUAAUAAUCAUAUGAAUUUAACAUAUAAAACUAAAAGAAGUCACAUAUUUGAACCUACAGCUGUAAGAACUGUAAGAAGAUUAAAGUACCUAUAUACACAUAGAUAAGUCAACCUCAUGUAUAAGUACUGUUUUUGUGUCAGGAGCGACUUGAGAAACUGCAAGUCACUUCUGGUGUGAGAAAAUUUGCUGUGUGCAAGGAUGUUGCCCAGGGGACACCUGGAUGUUUUUAACCAUUUUUGUGGGAGGCUUCUCUCAUAUGGAGCUGAAGCUGAUAGAGCUCAUCCACAUUCUCCCUGGGUUGGAUUCGAACCGGCACCCUUCAGGUCAGCAACCCAACCUUCAAAUCAUCAGUCCUGCCGGCACAAGAGUUUAAUCCACUGUGCCUCAGGGGGCUCUAUAUAAGUCCAUGAAGAGAGAAAAGUUCCAGUGCUGUCUCGGGGGGGGGGGGCAGCAGUUCCUGGCCCCUGCCAUUUCCCCAAAAAGGCCAGAAGCAGCACCACAGCAGAUUGGAUGGAUUAAGCUCUCACCUUUUGCCACUCUAUUCAGAGGAGGAGGAUGACUUCAUUUUGAUAAUUUAAGAUACAAUGCUUACAUUGACUUGUAGUUAAUGCAGUUUUUGGGUUGAUUGUAACUUUUUUAAAGACUUAUACAUGAGCAUAAACAGUAGAUUGUUUCAUUCCACAGUGAAACAACUAAUACUGAAUGAAAGGUACUAACAUGCAAGCUGGUAUAUGAUUACUGAGAACUGUUAAAAAGAGAAAUGAAUGAAUGCAAGAGUAAAUCAAGCCUGAACACUCCCUAGAAUCCAAGAUGACUAAACUGAGAAGGGAAGUCAUAGGGAGGAGGGAGCAAGCUUGUUUUCUGCUGCCCUGCAGACUAGGACACGGAACAAUGGCUUCAAACUACAGGAAAGGAGAUUCCACCUGAACAUCAGGAAGAACUUCCUCACUGUGAGGGCUGUUCGACAGUGGAACUCUCUCCCCCGGGCUGUGGUGGAGGCUCCUUCCUUGGAGGCUUUUAAGCAGAGGCUGGAUGGCCAUCUGUCGGGGGUGCUUUGAAUGCGAUUUCCUGCUUCUUGGCAGGGGGUUGGACUGGAUGGCCCAUGAGGUCUCUUCCAACUCUACUAUUCUAUGAUUCUAUGAUUCUAUGACUAUCGUAUUUUGGAAACAUCAUGAGAAUACACAACUCACUAGAAAAGACAGUAAUGGCAGUAGGAAAAGACUCCAUUCCAGAAGAACAGGCUCAAUCAGGGAACCUAUGGCCCUGAGACAGCAAGACCUGAGCGGGGUUGUUGGCAGGGUGACUUGGAGGUCUCUCAUUCAUGAGAGUAACAUAAGUCAAAGUCAACUUGACAGCAGUUAACAAUAUAUACUGUAUGGUUCCACCAGAAGAAAGUUAAAACCUUUUGCUCCUUACAUUCAUCUCCCUUUGAUAUGUAUACAAGGUUCUGUGAGGAAGAGCUACUGUCCUAUUGGUAUUUCCAUCUUUAUCAAACUGCACACCAGCUUUGGGAAUCACUGUCAUUUUUUUUAAUGGAGGACAAAAUAAUAGGUUCCCAAACUUGGGAAUUUGAAGCAAGAUACCCAAAAAAUAUCUGAGCUCAUUAAAUGUGACUGAACCAAUCACGACCUGUACAAUUUCAUGCUUCUAAUAAAAAACCUAACAAUUCCUUA